GAUCGGAACUUUUAAAUGUUACACCUCUAAAAGCCCUUGGAAGAACUCGAGUGGGAACAAGGACGAGACGAGCUAACCGGAGACGCUUCGUACUGUAGACGAGGGAGGGGGGUAUCGCAACGAUUCUCCGUUGGCGAAGAAGGAACGCAGGUCGGUAGCGCCAGUACCGAAGAUGCCGGAUAUCAUCGAAACGGCGCAGCCGGCGGGAUCGCCUGGGAAGGAGCAGCAGGCGGCAGGUGUUGGUAUUCUGCUUCAGAUCUCGAUGCUUGUGCUGUCCUUCGUUCUUGGCCACGUCCUCCGUCGACACAAGUUCUACUACCUCCCUGAGGCUAGCGCCUCCCUCUUAAUCGGUCUGCUUGUUGGUGGUUUUGCUAACAUUUCAAAUAGAGAAACAAGUAUUAGAACGUGGUUCAACUUCCACGAAGAAUUUUUCUUCCUCUUCUUAUUACCUCCUAUUAUAUUUCAGUCAGGUUUUAGUUUAGCACCUAAACCAUUCUUUUCAAAUUUUGGAGCAAUUAUCACAUUUGCCAUACUGGGCACAUUCAUAUCUUCAGUUGUUACCGGUCUUUUAGUAUACCUUGGCGGAUUAGUGUUUCUCAUGUAUAGUCUACCACUAAUUGAAUGCAUGAUGUUUGGUUCUCUCAUUUCAGCAACUGAUCCUGUGACUGUGUUGUCGAUAUUUCAGGAACUUGGUACUGAUAUGAACCUCUAUGCACUGGUUUUUGGAGAAUCUGUUCUAAAUGACGCAAUGGCCAUUUCCUUGUACAGGACGAUGUCGUCAGUAAGGAGCCACGCAACAUCCGGGCAAAAUUUUAUUAUGCUUAUUAUCAGUUUUCUGGAGACAUUUGUUGGCUCCAUGUCAUCAGGGGUUGGCGUUGGAUUCAUCUCUGCUCUGCUUUUUAAGUAUGCGGGACUUGACGUUGACAACCUUCAGAACUUGGAGUGCUGUCUUUUUGUCCUUUUCCCUUACUUUUCAUAUAUGCUGGCAGAGGGAAUUGGUCUGUCUGGAAUUGUUUCAAUAUUGUUCACCGGAAUUGUGAUGAAGCACUACUCAUUCUCAAAUUUAUCAGAAAGUUCACAACGUUUUACUGCUGCUUUUUUCCACUUGAUCUCAUCAUUAGCAGAAACAUUUGUAUUCAUAUAUAUGGGUUUUGACAUUGCCAUGGAACAGCACAGCUGGUCCCAUAUUGGAUUUAUUUUUUUCUCGAUUCUGUUCAUCGUGGUUGCAAGGGCGGCAAAUGUUUUUUCUUGUGCCUAUCUGGUCAAUUUGAUAAGGCCGGCCCAUAGACAAAUACCCAUGAAACAUCAGCAAGCACUGUAUAGCGGUCUUAGAGGGGCCAUGGCUUUUGCUUUGGCUCUGCAAUCUGUACAUGACCUUCCAGAAGGACAUGGGCAAACAAUAUUCACAGCUACGACUGCAAUAGUUGUUCUAACCGUGCUAUUAAUUGGAGGUUCGACUGGUACUCUGCUAGAAAAACUGGAAGUUGUAGGUGACGUGCACGAUGCCUCACUUGGAGAGGGCUUUCAGACAAACAAUGGCCACACUACCCACUCUUAUGAGGAGGGAGCAUCAUCCGCAAGUAGGCUGAAGUCGAGACUUCAAGAACUGCAUAGAAGUGCUGCUUCAUUUUCUACCUUGGACAAGAAGUAUCUUACUCCAUUUUUUACCAGCCAAAAUGAUGGUGAUGAUGAUCCUGCAGAGGAUGAGCCGCAUAGGGCAAGGGGAGAUUCUUUUCAAAGACAUGGAUAGAUUUACAGUUGAAGAUUCAGUUCAUUUUGCACCAAAAAGAGACUUCCAUGUAAUGGAAUAUAGUUGAUGAAAUUUAACUUAUGAGUUCGAUAUAUGACUUAACGAGGCUGCAUGAACUACAGCGAAGCAAUGCCAAUUAGGAACAAUGCCACACCAUACGAGAUGGAAUUAAUUUGAGAACAGGAAAUUGUUCUGUUGGAUCUCCUCAGAUUCUGAAUAUUUAUUUCCUCACAUGUAUACUUAGUAACAAGGUGAGAUAUAAUUUUCAGUAUUAGCAGCAUAAUCAUAAAUUUACUGCCGCUUCUUGUUUAAGAGCAUAUUUGUUCUGCCAAUGACUUAGUAACGGCUCUUUUAAUUGUA